UCUUACGGGGGAGCCGGAGGGCUCAGAAGUCAAGCCUUCUGUUUCCAGAGCUUGCGGCAGAGUUACGAACGGGCGCUCCGCAGAAGCUCGGAGUUGCUCGGGGUGAUUUCACACGAGGCUCGCAGGAAUUCCCAGUGCCAGCAGCAGCCCCGAACUGAGCCUCGCCUCCCCAGUUAAGCGGGAGGGGGUGGGGGGGGGCGUCUAUUCAUUCGCCGGAGACGCUUCCCCGCCGCUUGAUCGCCCUGAAGCGGUUCCGCUGGUCUUUCUUCCUGCCUCGUCUCCCCGCCGCUCUUCUCAGCGGCGGGGCGAGCUCUGCCAGGUGAGCAUCCGGCCGGCCGUUCCUCCCGCUCCGCGCUCCCGUCUGAAGCCUUUGCUGGCGGCUGCCGGGAGAGCCGUUUCAAACUUCCAGCGAGCGCCGAGCUGAGCUGGGAGAGCCGCGGACCGCGAGGAGGCGAGGAAGGAGGCGCGGAGCUCGGCAACAUGGGACUGAUGGGAAGACACAAAACUUUAGGAAACCAGACAAGCUUAACUGAAAUGGGCCUCUCUUCCACAAUGAACUUGCCAAGAUUUGCAAAAACAUACAGUGACCUGCCCACUAACCCCAAGCAAGAUUUGAAAGACAGCACUCAUCUGGUUGAGGUCCAGAUCAUUCUGAUCUGUGCCUACUGUGUUAUCAUCUUGCUGGGGUUAAUAGGCAACUCCUUGGUGAUCCACGUGGUGAUCAAGUUCAAGAGCAUGCGAACUGUGACAAAUUUCUUCAUUGCCAACUUGGCUGUGGCUGAUCUGCUGGUGAACACACUCUGUUUGCCUUUCACUUUGGUUUAUACCUUGCUGGGAGAAUGGAAGCUUGGUCCAGUACUGUGUCAUCUUGUGCCUUAUGCCCAAGGCCUUGCAGUGCAAGUAUCAAUUGUUACUUUGACCGUGAUAGCCUUGGACCGCCAUCGCUGCAUUGUGUAUCAUUUAGAGAGCAAAAUCUCUACAAGAAUCAGUUUCCUGAUCAUUGGAACGGCCUGGGCUGGCAGUGCUGUGUUAGCCAGUCCCCUGGCCAUCUUCCGAGAAUAUUUUUCCAUUGAGCUCAAUCAUGAUUUCACAAUGGUGGUCUGUGCAGAAACCUGGCCCAGGGAAGGGCAGGUGAAUUAUGGUACUGUUUACAGUGUCCUGAUGUUCCUCAUCCAAUAUGUCUUGCCCUUGGUGAUUAUCUCAUAUGCCUAUGUGCGUAUCUGGAGUAAACUAAAAAAUCACAUCAGUCCUGGGGCAGCGAAUGAUCACUACCAUCAGAGGCGCCAGAAAACUACUAAGAUGCUGGUAUGUGUAGUGGUGGUGUUUGCAGUCUGCUGGCUGCCUUUUCAUAUUUUUCAACUUGUCAGUGAUAUUGACAGCAAAGUUCUGGAUCUACAGGAAUAUAAACUAAUCUACACACUCUUUCAUGUCAUUGCAAUGUGCUCCACCUUCGCCAAUCCACUCCUCUAUGGAUGGAUGAAUAGCAAUUACAGAACAGCUUUCCUGACAGCUUUCCAGUGCGAACAGCAACUUGAUUUUAUCCAUCCCAAUGUGUCCCCUGCCCUCGAAGCCAAGAAGAACCUGGAAGCAAAAGAAAACCAGUGCAAUGGAUCACCAUUCUCACAACGUACAAGUGUCUAAAGCCACAAUGUACAAGCAAAAAGCCAGAUAUGGUAAAAAUUGUUUUGAAAAUAGCGUAUGUGAGAGGAUAAAAAAGCUGGAUUUGAAACAUUGGGGAGAAUUGGUUUAACCAUAUUUAUCCAAGUAGCUUUGUUCCCACAGGAAAAUAUACAAUGUACAUAAACUCUAUUCCUACCAGCCUGUAUUUACACAGAGAUGUAUUCCCGCAUCUUUGCUGUAUUCUAGUUUGCCCCACUCCCCCCAAAUGAAUCUUAAUAAAAAGAGUGAAUGUUAUAAUAAUGCAACAUAAAUGCACUGCUGAUGCUUGGAGUAUUUUUACUUCAUGAAGUGGAGAAAGUUUGAGAAGCUUAAAUAAUAUUUCUCUGUAUUUUUGAGCUUUCAACCACAUGUCUUUAAAUGUAAAGUCAGUUCUUUCUGAUGACUUCAGAACCAAAAACAGUAGUAAUAUUGAACCACUUUGCACAUUACUGAUGUAAAUGUUUUUUUUAAAAAAAGGGAGAGGAGAAAAAACAUUGGUAGGUAGAACUGAUGGCAGCAUUGAAAUGUUGCAGACAAAAGAGAGUCCUUUAUGCCAAAAGAUUCAGGUAUUUGGCAGCAAAGUUUUAUGUUGAAGAUAAAAAGGGGGGGGGGGCAUUUAGAUGGUUUCCUAAAAGUCAAGGCACACCAUGCUUUAUUUUGUUUUUAACCUCACUUUAUUUCAAACUAUGUAGUUUUCCUGUUGAACUGACACUCGGGGUCAGCAUAACACAAACUGAAUUAUAUUUCAGUUGCAGGGAAAUUCUGGAGGACAAAUGAUAGCUUUCAAACUUAAGCUUCAGUUUGUAAUUAUUUGAAGUUCAUAUGAUUAAGAUGAUGCCCUGUCUAGCUGUAUUGGUGCACUCUGAUAAUAAAUCAGAGAGGUAGUCCUAUCAACAUGUCACCUCAUGAUACUGCUGAUUUUCUUUCAGUAAGGCUUGUUUAUCUAUGUGUUUGGUUAUUUUUUCUUUUAGCUUGUCCACAUUUCAAUGUUAUUGGUCUGAAUUUAUCUCUGGCUGGCUACUGCCCUGUCUUUGUCAUUGUCAAAUUUGUUCACCUACCAUUUUCUUUCUUUCUUUCUUUCUUUCUUUCUUUCUUUCUUUCUUUCUUUCUUUCUUUCUUUCUUUCUUUCUUUCUUUCUUUCUUUCUUUCUUUCUUUCUUUCUUUCAUGUAUCUCCAGGGGCACAAUGCAUUUCCUUUGUUUAUUUCUUUUAGCAGUAGUUAAGCCUAUGUCUUGUUUUAUAUCUUGGAAUCUAACUCCUUUCAUGAUCUUACUUCUGGCUUUCUUUCCUAUUUCCUAACAAUUUUGUGUAAUGGUUCUCAGAGGUGCAUUUUCAGCACAUGCUGAAUCUACUAGUAUUUUAAUUAAUUAAAAUAUGAGCUGCAAUUUCUAUAUAUGUAUAUGGGAAGUAUUAAGAAAGUGAGAAACACUCCAAAGAAAUGAAAAAGUGAAUAUUAUAUUCAUGCAGUAUCCUUAACUCAUGAAGCAGGGCUGAAGCACUUGAGGCAUUUGCUUGGAGUGGAAAAAAAAUGCAAACACUGAACUUUACAAACUGAUCUAUGCUGAAGUAUUUGGAAACAAAUCUGAUAAUUCUCAGUGGAACAGGGAUUCUAAGCAUUUAUCUGAAAUAAGUUGCAGAUUGAUCUGCUGGUGUCAUUUGCUUAUCGGGUAGAAAACUUUCCUGCUUUAAUGUUCAUAGAUAACAUAGGAUUUCCCUGGAUAGCAGUGCAGUUCAGUGCUGCUUAUUUAAUUUAGUAGUAAUGUGCUUUCUGCAGCUUGUGUUUUGGGGUGGCAUCUCUAUCCUUGGCUGUUCUUCACCUGUGAUUGCACUUAUGAAGACCCACCAGGAAAGUAAAUAAGGUAGCAGUAUCCCAUCCUGUUAUAAACCAAAAAUGAAGUUUGCAUGUAUGUUCAUUAUGACAUUUCUUAUGCUCAGAUAUACGGUUUGCCUCUUCUGUAAAAGUGCUGUUAUGAAUGGCAAUGCACAGUC